AUGACUACUAAACAAACCAAACGAGUGGCACAUGUGUUACGUAAUAGAAAAAUAUAUACCGAAGUGACGGGUAAUAUAAUUUGGUGGACAUCCGAACAGAGAGGACAGUAUACUGUGCUUAACAAUUAUAUUCUCGGAGCCAUAGAUCCCGAUCCAGUCAAUCAACCGACAACAUUGACUACACAGUCGACAUAUGAAACUAUCGAUCACGUGGUUAAACAUUGUCGUCUAUUUCGGGGACCUCUAUCGGUGGCCGUAUACGCACCGGGAGAUGAUUUUCCAUUGGCUAUCAAUUUGAUAUACUUUUUACGGGAACAGUGCAGUCCAAUAAAUAGGUGUAUCUAUUUGCAUGUAACAUGGCAUAUUGUUUACGAUAGCGAGCACCCACCUUAUUAUGAUGCAGUAGGUGUUAGUGGCUCUAGCAUAACGUUUCCCGAAAAUUAUGUGGGCAGUUUUGAUUGCAAACACGAUAUCAAUGUUAAUGUAAAAAUUCAAUCAAUAUAUGGUGACCAGAUGACCACAAGUAUCCAAAUGUCUAGCAAUGAUAUUACUACUACUACUAAAACGACUACUAGUAGUAAUACUAUUAUUUGGUGGACCCGUCAAACACGUGGUCUGUACACUGUAUUGAAUAACUAUAUACCGGCCGAUCUGGACCAUUACGAUCAAUUGGACACAAGCGUUACCAUGACAACCCAGGGUACCUACUCGUUUAUACAUCACAUUGAACACCAGUGCCAGCGCUGGGAAGGGCCCAUAUCGAUGGCCGUCUAUGCACCGGGCGAUGAGUUUGCAUUGGCCAUAAACUUGAUCUACUAUAUGAAACAAUGUAGCAAUCCGUGUGUACGCACCCGUACCACUUGGCAUCUCGUCUACGACACAUUGUACAGUCCUGCACGACCUGCUGGAGGAGCUGUCAAUACUAGUUUCCCUGAUAGUUAUCUAAUAGCAUUUAACUGUUCAGAAUCCUAUCAGCAGAUUAUUGACAAAUUUAAUAUCAGCCAAAACAGUUCACAAACAUUUAGGUCCGUUCAUAAGCUAACGUAUCCGAUAAAUGUGUGCCGAAACGUGGCCCGACUUAAUGCCAAAACCCGAUACGUUUCGGCCAUCGAUAGCGAACUGUAUCCGAGUGGCGGUUUGGUGUCCGGAUUCGUCAAACUUAUGGAACGCGAGCGCAAUAUUUCCCGAAACUAUCCCGUAGUCUAUGUGAUGCCUAUUUUCGAAGUGGACGAAUCAGUGGCGGAGGCGCCCACUAAUAAGUCAGAGCUAAGUAAGCUUAUGGCUAAAGGUAAAGCCGUAUUUUUUCAUCACUACACAUGCGAUUCGUGUCAAAGUUUUCCCAAUAGAAAACAAUGGCUUAACUAUAAACCUAAAACCAAUGACUCGUUGGGCAUAUUUUUGAUAACACAACGCACCCGUAUGAUGACCUACUGGGAGCCAUUGUAUAUUGGCACCAAUAAUGAACCAUGGUACGAUGAACGAAUAAAUUGGGAUGGUAAACUUGAUAAAAUGACACAUAUGAUUGAAAUGUGUUUACUUGGCUAUCGAUUGGCUAUUUUGGACAAUGCUUUUCUAGUACACGCACCUGGUAUUAAGCGGUCAGGUAGACAAAAUGAUCAGGUUUUUAUUGUUGUCUUUCCCAAUGCAAAACUCUACAACACUGUGAGCUCUCAGAUCUUACCAAAUAAUUAA